AUGGAUGCUGGUCAUGAGGCAAAUAACCUAAUUCUUGUUUAUGAGUACAUGGCAAACAAUAGUCUUGAACAUGUGUUAUUUGGAAGUAAAAACAUAGCUCUAAAAUGGUCUACACGUUUUAACAUUUGCUUGGGGAUAGCAAGAGGCCUAGCUUAUCUUCAUGAAGAGUCACAGUUUCGGAUCAUACAAGGAGAUGUUAAAGCCGGUAAUAUUCUGCUCGACUCUAAUCUCAUCCCCAAGAUAUCGAAUUUUGGUUUGGCCAAGCUAUUUGAUAUUCAAAAGACCCACAUAAGCACCCAGGUUCCUGGAACAGCGUAA